UUCAAACUGGACGGCGGGUAACUAAGUCUGGACAGAAAAAAAAAACACACAACAGGGGUUCAUUGUCAAGAAUUUCACAAAAAGUUGAAGAAAAUGACCAGCACAUUGAAAGGAAUUACUCUCAAGGGAAGCGCCGAGCUGGUGGCCGAGUUCUUCUCUUUUGGCAUCAACAGCAUCCUGUAUCAGCGGGGCAUCUAUCCUCCAGAGACUUUCACCAGAGUCACCCACUAUGACAUGAGCCUUCAACUGACCACUGAUCCCAAACUGAAGAACUACCUGACCAAUGUGGUGUCUCAACUCAAAGAGUGGCUGUUUGAGUGCACAGUGCAGAAGUUUGUGUUGGUGAUCACAUGUCUGGAAACCAACAAGGUGCUGGAGAGAUGGCAGUUUGACAUCGAGUGUGACAAAUCAGCCAAGGAGAUCAGUGCUCCCAGAGAGAAGUCCAUUAAGACCAUUCAGGAUGAGAUCCGCUCAGUUAUCAGGCAGGUUACAGCCACAGUUACUUUCCUGCCGCUGCUGGAGACGCCGUGUGCAUUUGACCUCCUUGUCUACACAGACAAAGACCUGAUGGUUCCUGAUAAGUGGGAGGAGUCUGGUCCUCAGAUCAUCGACCAAUCGGAGGAGGUUCGCUUACGCUCCUUCACCACCUCCAUCCACAAGGUGAACAGCAUGGUGGCGUACAAGAGGACGGACUCAGCUUAGACCUCUAAACCACAGUGCCCCUCCUCCUAUGAGCUGUACAUACCACCAACCACUGCCCUAUAGAGAACAGUAUAUUCUACAGUCGCUGUCUGAGUAUUCUGUACACAGAGAACUGCCAUCUUCACUGUGUCACUUGUCUUUUUGAGAGGAACGUGACGGCCCCCUGCUCGUCUACACUGAUGUAAAUAUUUCUCAUUAGCUAUGAUCUGUGAUCUCUUUUCUUUGGUAGUGCCUUUCCUUUCUCCCAGAUGGUCAACGUCGGUUUUAGAAGCUAGUGCUUUAGAUGUUAAUCUUUUUUAACAUGUCAUGAAUAAAUGUCUUUCACAAA